AUGAGUGCGUCGACCCGGCUUGAUGAUGGUGCCCGUGGAAUUGUGGAAAUGUUGUUCUGUACAUCGUUAAUCGCCCUUGUCGGUGCUGCGGAUCAACCACAAUCCAGUCCGCGGAAGCUCCAGAUAGUAAACACAAAGAGAGGUUCUACGAUCUGCGAGCUCCUAUUCCCGUCAUCAAUCCUCGCUGUCAAGUUGAAUCGGAAGACGUUGGUCAUCGUCCUAGAGACGGAGAUUUAUAUUUAUGACAUCUCUAACAUGAAACUAUUGCAUGUUAUUGAGACGGCCCCAAACCCGGAGGCCAUCUGCGCGCUCUCGCCAUCAUCGGAGAACUCAUACCUUGCAUACCCAUCCACUGUCCCAUCAGGCGCUCUUCCUACGGCCAGCGCCUCGUCCAGCGCCUCUACAUCGACGUCGCAGACCGGCGACGUACUCAUCUUCAGCACUGCGACUAAGACGGUCGCCAAUGUCAUACAAGCACACAAGGCUCCCAUAUCGUUCCUUUCCAUCAAUUCGACGGGCACCAUGCUCGCCACUUCGUCAGACAAGGGCACGGUCAUUCGUGUGUGGUCGCUGCCGGGUGCUGAGAAACUCUACCAGCUCCGACGAGGAACGCGUGAAGUGAGAAUACAUUCCAUCACGUUCAACGCCAUGUCGACGUUGCUCGCCGUCUCGUCCGCCCAUGAUACCGUCCACAUUUUCAAACUCGGUCAGCGUGGAGCGGGAGCAUCGAAACGACCUGCAACGGAUACUGUGAGCUCUAAUGGAUCGGUAGAAAGUCGAGAAGGUCAAGCGAUGGAUGGUGGCUAUGAGGCAUAUGCGGAAAGCAGGAAGCAAGGCGGUUUAGCUUCGUCCCUCAAACGUCGUUCUCAGCUCGUGACGAAGCAGCUUACGUCGUCUGUGGGUGGUUAUCUGCCCAACGCCGUGGCAGAAAUGUGGGAGCCUGCGAGGGACUUUGCAUGGCUAAAGCUACCCUCGUCUGGAACACGAUGUAUCGUGGCACUGAGCGGGACGAUGCCACAAGUCAUGGUCAUCUCUUCCGAAGGAUACUUUUACUCUUACAAUAUUGACCUAGAGAACGGGGGCGAAUGCGCGCUCAUGAAGCAAUACAGGUAA